AUGUCAGAUUCCGAAGACCCUCUCGAUCCUCUCGAUGAGACCGCAGGCGACGACCUCUUCGGCGACGAGGGCGAUGAAGAGCCGAGAGCGCCACGGGUUUUGGACGACGAUGACCUAGCGUCAGAUCCUGACGAGGAUCCUGAUGCCAGGCGCAGAGAAUAUGACGACGAUGAUGGCCAGCCACAUGAAACGCGUGAUAGAGUUGUCAUGGCUGUGCAGACGUACCGUCAUCAGAUACCAAACCCCAAAGACGGAACACUCCGUGUCAUGAGAGUCCCCAAGUUCAUCAAAUUCAUGCCCGAAGAAUAUGUUGCGGAUACCUUCCAGCCAUCCGACUUUGACCUCGCGAAUGCGAAGUCUGACCGACCGAAACACGUCUCGCGCGUCCGCAAAGAUGCUAGCACGGGAGAUUUACAGGGCAACACGAACAUUUAUCGGUGGAGCGAUGGUUCACUGACCAUCUCUGUGGGUGGCGAGCACUACGAAAUACAAAAGAAGGCUCUCGGACCUGGCUUGGACCAACCCUACAAUGAGAUUAACGAUGGACACAACUACGCAGCCGCAGCCGAACUUGGAAGUAAUCUCCUGAUGACUGUCGGUCAUUUGACGGAGCAGUUCAACGUCCGGCCCAACAAGGCAGUUGGAGACGACGCGCUAUCAGUACUGGCAGAGCGGAUGGCGCAAGCUAGUAAGGCGGCAAACGAUAGCGACAUGAUUAUCCGCACCACUCGAGAUCCCGAAUUACAAAAGAAACAAGCUGAGAUGGCAGAGAAGGAAAGGAUGAAGGCCCAGCGCCGACGCGAAAACGCCGCAUUGAAGAUGGACGGUGGGCUGGGACGCUCGGGGCGAGGCGGACUGUCGAUUGGCGAUCUGGAAGGCGGGCGUGGCUUUGGAUCCGGACGCAAAAGAGGCCAACCUGGGGCUGCAAAACCCAAGAGACGUCGACCAGAGUAUGACUCUGAUGACGAUCUUCCACAGGGGGUUGGACGGCGCGAAGACUACGACAUGGAUGAUGGCUUCCUGGUCGGCAGUGAUGAGGAAGAAAUGGACAGUGAGGCAGAAGAUGACGAUGAAGAGCUGCUGGACGACGACGAGGAUGAGCGGCGACCUCGAAAUAAGAGACAGAGAACGGCAGAUGCAGAUGAGGAUGAGGACGCAGAGGGAGAUGAAAUUGAGCCAGCUGAGCCGUCAGGGAGAGCUCGACGGCGAAACGUCAUAGAUGAGGAUGAGGACGAGUAA